CGGGGUAUGAACGAGUGAUGAAUCGGGCUAGCAGCAGCCCUCUGCCGGAUGAUACUGUCUUCUACAAGCUUUUCCCAGCGAGAGAGAAAAGAGGAGAUGCCGUGAAGGAACUAGACCUGACCUGCUUGGCCGUCAAGUGCUCAGAGCUCGCAAAAAAGCUCGCUGGAGACCACGUGUGGCACUACCGGUCGUUCCAACUGGAGGUGUGUCACCACGUGACCACAGAUCCAGCCCAGACACCGCCUCACUUAUGUGGGAGUCUGUGUUACCGUGACAAUGUGGAGGACGAGUGGUUGGUUGUUUGGUUGCUAUUGGAGAUCAGCAAAUGCUUUUCCAACCUCGUUAUCAGUGUUAGUGACGAGGAUGGAGAGUUUCUGCUGAUAGAGACGGCUCACCACUUGCCCAGCUGGCUGCGUCCAGAGACUGCCCAGAACAGAGUGUUUCUCUGCCGAGGAUCUCUCCACGUGAUACCCCAGCCACAGACACCAGCCGAAAUAUCCCGUUAUCCGGUUGCCACGCCCACUCUCAGGGAGGCCGUUGAACUCGUCAGUGAUCCAGCCACACCCACCGAAGCCGCGCAAGUCGUUCAAGAAGCCUUGCUCCAUCGAAUUUCAUGUUUCCCAGCUGCUAUUGAGACCAACCUCCAUCGUGCCAACUGCUACCUACCCUGGCCGGUGGGUCACAUGAUGUCAUGUGAGGUUCACCAGAUGUCUGUAUGCAAACUCCUUCACAUGAGGUUUAACCCUCCGCCACACUCUGGGUUUAGACUGGCUCCACCCACCAACCACACCCACAAGGCUCACGAACUGGGAAUGAAGUUGACUUGUGGACUGGAGAUGGUAUUGAGUUGUGUGGGGAAAGGAGAGGAGGGGAACCAUCUUAUGAAUGACACAAGUUGGAAGAUGUUUCUCAAGAAUCUGCAGGAGAAUGAUUAUUUUCAGGGGGAAGUUGAAGGCUCCCAGAAGCACCAGCAACUGAUGACCUCAGCCCGAGACUAUUUCCUGACCACCACACUAUCAGCUGCAGGGGGUCCUGAAAUACACAGAGACCCUGUGGAGGCAGCUGGUGUGAGAACUCGCCAGCUGCUGGCUUCGAACCCAGGCAGCGAGGAAGAUAUGAGACAGAACUCCUGUUCUCUCCCUCCCCCUGAUGACGAUGGCUGGCUGGAGAUUUCACCCACUGAACUGGAUGCCAUGAUGAGGAAAGCAGCAGGAUACGAACCUGGGGAAGUCAGCAAGGAGGGAGAAAGACAGGCUGCAGCUGAGGAAGUGGUUCGUGGAGUGAAAUCUUUUGUCGAUACCGUUUCGUCUCACGAAGGGGCCGAGUUUCCAUGGAGUGGUGAGAGAGGACGAGGAGUGGAUAUUGAUGUGGACGCAGUCCUGCAGGCACUGAGAGGAGAGGGGGAGAGGGGAGAGGGGGAGAGUGACAGUGGUGAGGAGGAGGAGGAGGAGGAGGAGGGAGUGAGAGAGAUGAUGGAGGAGAUGGCCCAGGAACUGGAGGCAGCAGGAUUCAAAAGCAGUCUGGGGCCAGAGGAAGGGGAGGAAGGUGAUUUGGAAAUGGUCAAGAACCUUCUUUCCUCUCUUGCAGCUCAGCCCGAGGCUGCUGGCCCCGCCUCCAACAUCCUCCACUCCCUGGGGAUCCCAGUCCCAGACCCAGACUGACAUGGAAUGGAGACACACCCAGAAUCAUUACGACCAACAAUCCACCACGUUUUCACAAUUUUCAGUAAAAUCUUUUCAUGAGGCAUAUAAAACAUCACCCAUGGAAAAUGGCUAAAACAGUGACAUAAUAAUAAUAAUCAACUGAGGGUCAAAUCAAUCAGUUCUCCAGGGGGGCGGGGCUAGCUGAUGGACUAACAACGACAUAAGGUGACACAUGAUUUCAGGCACAGCGUGGAGAGAGAUCGAGACAAUAUUAUAACGUUGACAGAACCCAUGAAGUUCUAGUAGCUGAUGAUGACAAAGACUGACACAUACAUGUAAUAUGACAUGGACACAAUAGCAGUGGGCAUUAAAUGAGAAAACCCUAAUGAGAGAAAUGUCUAUGAACUGAAGCUGCCUCACCGCCGAAAACAAAACACAAAACAACAACAUCCACUAAGUUGAGGAGAGUAAUAAUAUAUAAUAUAAUAAUAAUAAUAAUAGUUGCGAUAUUGCUAGGGAUAAUAUGCUUCUUAAAGGGUGGUACAGCAAAUAAGAGUGCUCCUUAAAUAGAACCAGAUAAAAACUCGGACGGUGCAGGCGAGGCAAUAUGAAGACUAGGUCACGAUGAAUUGUAAGACAGGCUAGAAUAAUAUGUUACCAAGACAAACUAAACUAUACCUAGUGAUGAGUCACUCCUAGUGGCCAUGACCGGCCGAGAAAGAGAGAGAGAGAAGGCGACUAGAGAGGGAUUAGGGCUGUGGAGCAGUGCGUGAUCCGUUCCUGACAAUAGGGGCACACCCGGUGGGCCUCGUCCAUUGACUCUGCACACUUCUCGCACAGGACGCAGUGCUGGCACGGCUGGGUGAGGACAC